AUCGAAUUAAAAAACAAAACCGCUGCCCGUUUCGUGCUCGUCCGGAAAUAAGCAAAAGGGUAUCAGUGGAAACUGCUCCGGCGAGAAGGUGGGUCGAUACCGGAUCAAUAAGCAUUUACCAACAUAAUGUACACUACAGCGAAUACCUUUCGGAGAUGUCAGGUACGGAGAAACAGAUUAGACAGGCGGGAGAGGUCGGAGUGUUAGACCCAACUAAAACGGACAAGUCGUACCUCGUUCAGGGCUGGGGAUAUCACAGGUCAAAGCUUUUCCUGCAUUUUAACGGCUGCUUGAAGUACGAGAAACUACAGAGGGAAGAAUUGUUCGCAGGCGUGCUCUCCAAAGAUAAGGGGCUGCUCAUGAAAAUGCCAGCGAUCAAGAAGGAGCGAGCCGACAGGGACGGGGUCAUUCGGGGCUUGUUGGACGGUCUGCCCGAGUUUCUGGCCCCGUUGAACGCGGCGAGCGUGCCGGUACUGAGCCCUCACCCACCGCCCUACGAGCACCUCUUCAGCCCGGCGCGGCGCCCCUUCCUGGGGCUGCAGGAACGGCGGCACCCGGAGGAGCUGCUGCGGGAGCGCGUCUCGUCCAUCCCCGAUUUCCAGCCCGUUUUCGACAACGGCCAGCCCUGCAUCGAGGUGGAGUGCGGAGAUAACAGAGCCCUGCUCUAUAUCCAUAAGCUGUGCCAGGGAAGCAAAGGACCCUCUAUUCGUUACAGAGGAGAAUGGCUCACACCGAAUGAAUUCCAAUUCGUCAGCGGCAGGGAGACAGCUAAGGACUGGAAAAGGAGCAUUAGACAUAAAGGAAAAAGUUUGAAGACGCUUAUGUCAAAAGGAGUCUUGCAAGUACAUCCUCCAAUCUGUGACUGUCCUGGGUGUCGAAUUUCGUCUCCAGUGAACCGGGGCCGCUUGGCUGAAAAGAGGACAAUCCCUUUGCCACCAACAAGAGUACCUAAGAAAGAACUGACCUCGGCUUUUACAAAUAGUGAAGAUAGUGAAGAGAGCGAGAAAGCAAAUGGUGACCGUCCUCCUGAGAUAAAACAGGAAGAGGAAUUUCAGGCUAGCACAAUGAAAAGAAGAUUGGACGCUUAUGGCCAGCACACAGAGCAGAUUUUCAACCCGUCCGUCUGUACUGCAUUUGAAUUGCACCCCGAUCUCAGAGGUGAAAGUCGUGAGAGUGAUCUAUCAACUAUCAUCUCCAACUUGCACCAGAGCAGGCAACUCGUUAUGCCAGAGAGUCAAAGUCGAAAUGAGAUAAAGAAAAAUGGCAUCGACCUACUCCCAGGACAGACUGAUGAAAUUUUAGGAAAGCGAAGAGUAUGUUCACCAAACAACAAUAGUGAUUGUCCAGAAACCAAGAGGCAAAGAAGUGAAUCACCAAAGGAAAAGUGUCACACUCCCUUGAUUGAGGAUCAGAUUAUGCAGAUGACACCUGAAGAACACUACAGGCGAAUGAUGUCCGCGUUGAAUGAGCAUGGGACGUAUGAAGAGCAACAGCAACGUCUGUAUCAACUCGCCAACAGUAUGGGAGUCCCAACUCAUGGAGACCUCCUGAGGGCACGUCAAGAAGCAGUCGUUGCAGUUCGGAACUCCAGUACCAUGGAGUCUCACAUUCCAUCUUCGAGUAAUUCAUCGAGUCAGAGGAGGAAGCAGGGACUCCCCCAACACAGGGACGCACACUUUAACGAGAGGGAAAUGUCGCACACAAACCCUCUGCUUUCACCUCAGAAUGCACCUCACAUCGCUUUAGGGCCUCACCUCAGACCUCCGUUCCUAGGAGUUCAUUCGACCCUGUGCCAAACCCCAGGUUAUGGUUUCUUGCAGCCGGCCCAGGCUGAAAUCUUUGCACGGCAGCAGGAAAUGCUCCGGAAGCAGAACCUGGCAAGAAAUGUCCCAGUGAUCAGAUUGGCUGCUGCGAAAGAACACCAUGGACUCGAGAUGUCCGCUGAGCUCCUGCGUCAGAAAGAGUUUGAGAACAUGCACAGGCAGCGGAUUCUCGGAGCCGACCCUUUGUCGCUGCACUCCAGCUUGCCCCCGGACCACCCUGCCCUGCGUAGCCUCCAUGAUGUGCCCGAGGGUCACCCGCUGCGUGAGGAGAUCUCCCGCCGCAACGCUAUGCUGGUCCUUCGGCACAACACGGCCCCUCUGCUGUCCCUCAACCACGCCGUGCCGGGCAACCCGCCCCCCAAGGAACCAGGGCGCAAGGGCUCCCGGAAGGUGGCCCACCACAGGACGGAGGCGCAUGGCGCCGGUGAGGUCAAGGACCACCUUGAGGCGCGCGGCCGAGAUGGGAGCGCCGACUGUAACGACGAGGAGAUGAAAGACUCGGAGAGUGACCCCGAGGCGGGUGACGACAAGCCCGAGAACCUGAAGACCGAGGUGAUCGGAUCAAUCCACGAACUCAAGGAGUGCAAAGAGGGCGCAAAGGCUUGCGAGAACAUUAAGGAGAUGCAUGAGGCCACCAGUGUUGCUCAGAACCCCCCCUGUGUUUCUGUGGGCUCCGACUCUCCCAGCCACCUGCUGGGCUCUGCAAUCACUGAAAACAAAGCGAAAUAUCUCCCGUCUGCUCCAGCUCCGCUCCCUCAGCCCCUGCCUUUUGGAUUUCCGUACACGGCGAAUCCUUACUUUCACACAGGCAGCAUUGGAAGCUUCUUACUGGAUGGAGAGGAUAGUGCUACAGUGGAGGAUAUUAGCAAAUGGACUGUUGACGAUGUCUGUAACUUCAUUAAUGGUCUCUCUGGCUGUGCGGAAUACACACAAGUCUUCAGAGAGCAAGCGAUUGAUGGAGAGACGUUGCCUUUGUUAACAGAGGAGCACUUACUGAACACCAUGGGCCUGAAGUUGGGACCAGCCCUAAAAAUACGAGCGCAGGUGGCCAAAAGGAUUGGGCGAGUGUUGUACAUGGCCAGUUUCCCACUGGCACUGCCACUUCCUCCUGCUGCACUGCGGCCACCCGAGAGAGACCUUGCCCCCGCCGAGAAUCGCCCGUCGUCCACUGGCAGUGUCGCCUCGCCGUACUGUGGCCUCCAAGUCAGCCGCGUCUCCCCGAAGCAAGAAAACGGCAGCGCCUCAGUGAUGGGAAUCGGGGAUCUCACCAAACCACAGUCGUGAGUGGGACCUUCACUUCAGAAAGAAAGUCAAGUUGCUGUUGUUUGAAACCAAAGUAUUUAUAGGAUUGCCAACUUCAUCGGUUGACUGCAUUCCCUCUUUUUUCUUUUGGAAGGAAAAUACAACACUGCGGCUUUCUUAAACACUUUUUGGCAAAAAGAAAGACAGUCACGCACAUUCCCUUUUUUCCCCCUUUUCUCUUCAAGACUACAGUUUAUCCUGGAAAGCUAUCGAAACGUUGCAGAAAACAAAACCUAUAAAUUGACGGAGGAAGAAUAUAAAAGAGACAGAAUGUUGGUUGAACGGAGGAUUGUCUCAGCACACCGACUGGGGGAGAAAAGACCAGACUCAGUUUCUGCUUCAAACUGAAAGAUAUUGAGCCAGAAACAUCCCCCCUCCCCACCACCAACCUGCCCCCGCCCACCUUGUUUGUUGCUUGCAACUGAGGGGGAGGGGGCGAUAAAAAUAAACAGAACUGUGCACUUGUACCAAAAAAAAAUUUCUAUCACAGACCUGGGAUUAAACAUUUAAUGUAAAAAAAAAUUCAUAAGCACUCAUUUUGACAAGGAGCUAAUGUAAUGCUAGUGUCUAUGCAUUUGUCAGGUACUAAACCAAAGAUAAUGGGUUGUUGGUCUGUGUUUACAAUACAUGGUACAAUGUUCUUUUUUGUCUGCAGACACAAUUUAAAAGUGCCUCACUGUAGAGGUUUAAUCACUACUCUCGCACACUUAAACAAAUCUGACAGGACCACAACUACGCAGGUAUCAAGAGUUUAGAAGGUGGUUUUUAAAAUGACCAGUUCAAGAUAAUAGCUAUUCAUUACCUGGACAGCAAGUUGUAUGAGCAAAACUAGUUACAAAAAUGAUUUUGGUACUUAUUUUGUUUUUUUUUGUUGUUGUGUAGUUGCACGUUUUUGAAAUCUUUGGGCUGGGUGGGAAUAGGGAAAAAGAAAUGUAAAAACUGCUAGGGGAAAGUUUCUCAUCCUUUUUCAUGCUAAUCAAACCUUCAUUGCUGCUUUAAAGCAAUCAACAUAAUGAACAUUUAUGUUAUUUAUGGAAAUUCUGUUGGUAGGUCGACUAUGUUUAGCACUAUAUAUAUGGUAAUAUACAUCCCUAAAAGGGUGGUAUAAGAAUAAUUAAAAAAAAAUCAAAAAAUUGUUGUUCCUUUAGCUGGUUUUGGCCACACUGCGUCAAACGAUCAUUUAAUGUUUUGCAGUUGUAAACAAUGAGGAUAUGGUGAUUUGUAAAAUAAUUUUAGCCGAUUUGUUAAUUUGCUUUCCUCCUUGUCUUUCACUUUUCGUGAAAUAAAG